AUGAAGUGGAUCGUUUCUGUUGUCGCUCUACUCACUGUACAGUUCGUCUCGGCUUCUCCAGCGCUAGUCAAGAGAGCGUCCGUCAACGACGUCGCGACUGUAGGUUACGCUUCCCUCAAUGGCGGCACUACUGGGGGAUCUGGAGGGCCCACUACCACUGUAACCACUCUUGACGCGCUCACCGCCGCUGUAGCUGGCAACGACCCCAAGAUUGUCAUCGUUUCUGGUACUAUUACUGGCGACGCCAUCGUCAAAGUCGGUGGGAAUACCUCCCUCCUAGGUAACGGUGCUGUUCUCAAUGGCAUCGGACUCCGCGUUAUCGAUGUCAGCAACGUCAUCAUCCGUAACAUCAAAAUCGCGAAGGUUUUAGCACCGGGCGACAACGUCGCUGUACAGGCAUCCAGCCAGGUUUGGUUGGACCAUCUCGACCUUUCUAGCGACCGCGAUCACGACAAGGACUUCUACGAUGGCCUUCUGGAUAUUACACACGGACCCACAGGCGUCACGAUUACCAACAGCAUCUUACACGACCACUGGAAAGGGUCCCUCGUUGGGCACUCCGACAACAACGGAGCUGAGGACGUUGCUAUCACCGUCACUUACGCCAACAACUAUUUUUCGAACUUGAACUCCAGGACCCCAUCUUUCCGCUUCGGAACCGGGCAUCUGUUCAACAACGUCUUUGACAACAACAAUGAUGGCAUCAACACCCGUGAUGGUGCCCAACUCCUUGUUGAGAACAACGUCUGGACUGGUACGAACAAGCCCUUGUACGCUACCACUGAAGGCUUCGCCGUCGCCGUCGGCAACGACUUUGGUGGUGCUGAGAACACGGCUCCUGUUGGCACUUUCACGGCUGCACCAUACCCCUACACCCUCGUACCCACCGACGGCGUCCGCGCGGCCGUGGUUGGUACAGCAGGCGCUACUAUCUCCUUCUAA